CACAAUUUAUCUGAUUUCGUCAGAUUUUACUUUCAUUAUGAUUCAUAUAUGACACCCUCACCAUAAAACGACUCCCCUAAUAUAUCCUUGACAUUAUACUAUAUCUCACAUUACUUUUGCGGUUCGUGGUCCAAAUGAAAUAAUUUGUAGUCUUCUUGGACCAAAACCGUGGGGAAUUGGAUUGAGUUAUACAUUUUAUUUGAGCUUUCUGAACAGGCCCAAACAAGGCCCACUUACACCUCUUGUUAACCGUAACCGCCUUUUGUUAUUGUCCUCCGUCUGUGAACGAGCGCACCCAGUCCCAGUUAACGUAUUUCAUCCUCAUCGAGCGCAGGUAGAGAAUAUCAAUCAUCGUCGUCCUCGUCGUCGCAGCCGCAAAGGAUCAAUACCCUAAAGCGUACGGACAAGAUGCCGAAGAAGAUGGGUGUAAACAGCAAGGCGGAGGAGGCUAGGGCUCGGAAGAGCUCGACCGAAGCCGAGCGGAAGGAGCGCGAGGCGCGCGAAAAGGACGAGCAGUACUGGCGCGAAGCCGAGGGCAGCAAGUCUCGCGCGGCCAAGAAGCGCGAGGAAGAAGCCGAGAAGCGAGCUGAGGCCGCUGCUCGCAAAGCCGAGGCGCGCCGAUUGGCGGAGCUGGAGGAGAAGGAGCUCGAGAAGGCGGUAAAGAAGCCCGAUAAGAAGGUCGGCCGAGUCGGGAUCCCGGUUCCGAAGGUCACCGAGGCGGAGCUGAGGAAGCAGAAGGAGGCGGAGCAGGCGGCGUUGGAGAAAAAGUCGAAUGAGGUGAAGAAAAAGCAGAGCCGUACGGCCGAGGAGGAGGAGUAUGAGAGGAUGGUGGCGGUGGAGAAUAGGAAUCGGGACGAUUCGAUCAUCGAGGCGAGGUCGGUGGAGGAGGCGGUUGCGAAGAUGACGGUGGCAGAGAGCUUGCCGGUGGAUCGGCAUCCGGAGAGGAGGCUCAAGGCGUCGUUUAAGGCUUUUGAAGAAGCUGAGCUCCCAAGUCUGAAGGAAGAGAAACCAGGUCUUACUCACAAUCAAUACAAGGACAUGAUAUGGAAGCUAUGGAAGAAAUCUCCUGAUAAUCCUCUAAAUCAGGCAGCUGAGUGAUCACAGAGCAUCUUCACCAUGCAAAGGCUGUUGAGUUUCUCUCCCAGGCUUGUUUUGCCGAUUUCAUCAUGUCCAACCAACGUAAAUUUGUAAUUUGAAACGCAUGUAUGGUUUAUGCCCUACUGUAUGUGCCAUGUCCGCUCAAUGAAACAUGAUUUAAAUAAUUAUGCAGUCUUUUAUCUUUUACCCUAAUUAAGCCCCCCCGCCGACAUAUUUACAGAACUUUUUGUGUAGAUUCAGUCUGCUGUAAAUCUGGUAAUAGUUGGAAGCCAUUAAUUUGAUUACAGGUACUAGUUGGAAUUCGAAGCCAUUAAUUUGAUUUGUCAA